AUGGUCAAAUUCAGUAUUUUUAGAAGAAAAAUUGGAAAACCAAUACUUGUAUCACACACUAUUUCUUUGAAGAAAGAAGGUCGAAGAAAAGUUGCAAAUUUGCUAAGAAAAAGGAAGUGUUCUAAUGAAAAGUUGUUUUCAGCUAACUAUACACACCCAAUUUUCUUGACUGAGUGCAAAAAAGAAAAUUGUAAAGUUUAUCAUCAAAACAAUAAUCAAGGAGGAGAAAGAAUAAACUUAUUUGAACCUAGGACUUCAUCCUUCUUUCCCUCAAAAUUAGCAGGAUCUAAAGAACGAAGUGACUAUAGAGAUUAUUACCAAAGUGAGUGCGAUCCACGGCAAGUUUUAUCAAAUAUUUUUAAACAGGUUAAUGUUUCAGUGGAGCAAAGCAAUAACAAAAUAAGUCAUAAUUCUCAAGUUUUUGAUAAAGCCGGAAGUGGUUUGGGAGAAAUGGAUUUAAGUGGCUUAAAUUCAAAUGUAUAUGAGUACAUGGAUGCUCUUAAAGUUCUGGGGAGACGUUGGUAA